GGGGGGCGGCGCCUGGCGGCGGGUGCGGGGCGGGGGCGUUUUGGGGGAAUUUCUGCGGGAUUUGGGGCUCGCUCCGGUCCGGUGCUGCGGUGUGGUUCCGGCAGGGUUUGGGCAAGGCAGCAGGCCCAGCCCCGCAGCGGAGGAGCGAUGCCCCCCGGGGACACCCCCCGGCACGGCCCCCACGGCCCCUCGGACACCGGGCCCCGGCUCUGCGCCCUCCUGUAGCUCCCCCAGGCCCAGGAUGUGGUGCCGGAGGCUGGCGUGCCUGCUGGGCCUGCCGUGCUGGCAGAGCCGACGUGCUGGGCAUGGCUCACUGGGGCUGCCCCACAGCACAAGGAUCGUCCCCACUGCUGCAGCUCGCUGCCACCACACGGCCCCGGAGUCCCUGAGCUGUGCCUGGCAGCUGCACGGCGAUCACCUGGAGCUCAGGUACGCAAACACGCUGAUGCGCUUCGAUUUCGUCUGGCUGCGGGACCACUGCCGCUCAGCUUCCUGCUACAACGCCAAGACGAACCAGCGCAGCUUGGACACGGCUAGCGUGGACCUGGGAAUCAAGCCCAAGGCUGUCCGAGUGGAUGAGACCACGCUCUUCCUCACGUGGCCGGACGGGCACGUUACGCGGUACGGGCUGGAGUGGCUGGUGAAGAACAGCUACGAGGGGCAGAAGCAGCGGGUCACUGCACCCGCGUUCCUCUGGAACGCCGAAAUCUACCGCCCAGCCCAGGUCCCAUCCGUCGACUGCCGGAGCUUCCUGGAGACAGACGAGGGGAUGAAGGAGUUCCUGCAAAACUUCCUGUUGUAUGGGAUCGCUUUUGUUGAGAACGUCACUCCCACCAAAGAGGACACGCAAAUCUUAGCAGAAAGGAUCAGCUUAAUCAGGGAGACCAUUUAUGGCAGAAUGUGGUACUUCACCUCCGACUUCUCCCGGGGAGACACUGCCUACACCAAGCUGGCUCUGGAUCGACACACCGACACGACCUAUUUCCAGGAGCCCUGCGGCAUCCAGGUGUUUCACUGCCUCAAGCACGAGGGGACGGGCGGGCGCACGCUGCUGGUGGACGGCUUCUACGCGGCGGAGCAGGUUCUCCGGCAAGCCCCCGAUCAAUUUGAGCUGCUAAGCAAGGUGCCCCUGAAGCACGAGUACGUCGAGAACGUGGGCGACUGUCACAACCACAUGAUCGGAGUUGGGCCAGUCCUCAACGUCUAUCCCUGGAACAACGAACUUUAUCUGAUCAGAUACAAUAACUACGAUCGUGCAGUCAUCAACACGGUGCCUUACGAUGUGGUGCAUCGCUGGUACACCGCUCACCGCACACUCACCGCCGAGCUCAGGAGACCAGAAAAUGAGCUGUGGGUCAAACUGAAGCCAGGCAAGGCACUCUUCAUAGACAACUGGCGCGUCCUGCAUGGGCGGGAAGCGUUCACGGGGUACCGCCAGCUCUGUGGCUGCUACCUGACGAGAGACGACGUGCUGAACACCGCGCGCCUGCUGGGACUGCAAGCCUAGCGCCGGCCACCGCCGCGGGGAGGCAGAGCUCCGUGCUGCUGUGUCACCACGAGGAAGGCGUUGUACGUACCUCAGACACCUCCGCCCUCUCAGAGCAGUUCUCUCUGCCUGCCCGGGAGAGGGAGCAGGUGGCAGCCCAAGGUUAUGGGAGCUUUUUGGGACCGCGUUCUGCCUCUGUCCAAGCAGGGUCAGCUCGUGCUGUCUGUGCAGCCAGCCAGUUUGUCUCAGCUGCAGUGAAUCGGGGUUAACACGCUGUGAGAAGUGCUCCCAGCACCUGUUGAUGUGAAGUGCUCCUCUGAUCAAGUGCCUUCAGGAUCUGAAAUCUGUUUCUUCUGUUGUUCAGCCUUUCCUGUCAUUUCUAUUUUUUUGUUUGGCAUAGCAGAGCAGAAUGGAUAUACCUGGGGUCUCGUCUCACCCCAGUCUGGACUUCACAACUUCUAGAAAAAUGUAAAGUCAGGACUUUACACCUUCUAGAGAAUUUUUUUCUCUAAAAAAAAUUCCUUAUUUUGAUGGAAGUGCCACUACUCAAACUGAGGGCUGUUGGCAUGUAUCAGUGAAUUCCUUCCUCUUAAACAUACUGCGUACCCUUAUAACAGGCACUGAUACAAUCCAUGCUGCUUGAGGGGUGGCCUGGAAAGAGAAGCUCUUGUAGUUAGGGUAUUUCUGAAAAGGCUUACAGUAGAAGAAAAAGGGGAAGUAGUAAAAUCUGCAUGUUGGGAAGGAGAGAUGUGUUGGAUGAGGGGUGUAUUUCUCA